AUGUCUAGUAAACAAUCAAUGAAUGUCGAUAAUCAAAAUUUAACAUCCACCAAUGAUAAGCGAAAUAUUACAGAUAAACCUAUUCAAUCAUUACCAAAUCAUAUGAGUAAAAUAACAAAGUGGACUGAACAAAUAAAAAAAUAUUUCAUUACUAAUGACGGUCGAAUUGCAUUAGCUGAUCUUUUUUUUUCACUGUUAUGUGUUAUACUUCAACAUGUUAUGGGAACUUGUGAACAUUCUGUCAGCGAUGGUAGCCAUGUUAUUCAAUGGUAUAUUUUUACUCCACCGUUUGGAGCUGGUCCGCAUACAGCUGCAUACUUUUUUGUUCUUUCAUGGACAGUUUUAGUCUACUGCAUUGAACGUAUAUGGGCUGAUUUUACCACGAAUAUAAAUAAAUCGAAGAAACAUGAUCUUAUUGUACAUGGAACCAUUGUUGUUUUAUAUUUAAUUGCAUUUGGUUUUAAUAUUUGGGGUUAUGUGCUAUGUGAGAGUAGGAGCCAAGUGAAUGCAUCGAAAGCUUUUGCACCAGGUGUUUGUCGAGGAGAUAGUCAAACAUGUAUUCUACUUAUUGCUGGUGUAUUGACAUCAUGUGCAGCUGCUUGUGCAUUUUUUUCCGAACAUGUACUUGCUUUGAUGAAAUUAUUAAAAAGUCGUGAAGAAUCAAAUGGUACAACGCCAAAUCGAAUUUUACUUUAA